AUGCCUGCCUCCCCCCUCUACCUGUCGGGUGGUUUGGAGCAUGGCAACCCACUCUACUGUCAGCCAGCGACACAAAGCAGGAAACUCCAGUCCAGCUACUGGUUCGAGCCAUGCACCAAGCCGUUGUCCGAGGACACUCUGGGGACGUGCAUCGACAUUGCUGCCCACAAGUGGGGGGACCGUGUCGGGUGGGCCUUUGUGCAGGAAGGAAGAAACUGCACUUACAGCGAGUACAAGAACCAGUCUGGUCCCCAAGCACUUUCAACUGGACUCUCCUGGCGGGUGCGGCAGCCAAAAGCUGGUGUACUUUCGGCAAGCACGCACUUUGGGCUGACUCCUCCGGAAUUCGAGAAGUGCCUGACAACUGUGAACUUCAAAGGUAUCUACAUUCCACAACCAUUUAAGAUCUUCAACUACUAUGAGAUGCUGUGCUCCCUAAUACCUGAACUGAAGGACUCCCCACCAGGGCAAUUGAAGUCGAAGAAGUAUCCAUCCCUAAAGACUGUCAUCAUCGACAGCGACCAGAGCAUGCCUGGCUGCAUUGCUUUGCAAGAUCUGAUGCAAGGGGGAGAGGCCGACCUGCAGAGAGCGCAGAAAAGUGUGUCAGCCAAUGAUCCAUUCACCAUAGUGUUCACUUCUGGCACGACUGGAGCACCCAAGGCUGCUGUGCUGAGCCACAGCAACUUCAUCAACAAUGUUCUCAUGUAUGACCAGAGGGCUAAGCUUACGCAAGAGACAGUGAUGUGCAACCCGCUUCCCUUCUUUCACGUAUAUGGCCUGAGCGUGGUACUGGCUCGCACACUGGUGCUGGGUGCCAAGGCUGUCGUGCCAGCGCCGGCAUACGAUGCUGUGUCCGUCCUGAAGGCCGUCCAGGAGCACAGAUGCACCGAGCUGUAUGGUUCGCCCACCAUGUUUGUGGACAUCAUCAACUCUCCACAGAGGAAACAGUUUGACAUUUCCUCUCUGCAGCUAGGAGAGUCCGGUGGAAAUGUUGUCACGCCUGCAAUACGUAGUCUGGUCCGAGAAAAGCUGCAUAUCAAUGUGAGGGUGGGCUUUGGCACAUCUGAGCUGACUACGGCGGCUAUAGUGACGAGCAAUGAUGACCCUGACGACAAGCAGUUGAACACAGUUGGUCGACCACUACCGGGUCUUGAGGUGAAGAUUGUUGACCCCAACACGGGCACAGUGCUGCCAACGGGUAUGCCGGGGGAAGUCUGGGGUCGUGGUCCUAAUGUCUUCCUUGGCUACUACAACGAUGAAGAGAAGACCAAGGAGGCUAUGACACCCGAUGGAUUUUACAAGACCGGUGAUGUUGGUGUAAUGGAUAACGAAGGCUUUGUGACCAUCGUCAGCCGCCUGAAAGAUGUGGUGAAUCGUGGCGGCGAGAAGGUGUACCCGACCGAAGUGGAGGAGCUGUUUAAUACUCACCCAUCCGUCCAGGAGUGUCACAUCAUUGGUGUGCCAGAUGAACGGUUGGGCGAAGAGGUGUGUGCAUGGAUAGUGCUCAAGCCAAAUAAAAAGGUCACAGAUGGAGAACUCAAAGAGCACUGCAAGGGCAAGCUGAGUCAUUUCAAAAUUCCUCGCUACUUCAUCUACGAUGCCAAAGUUCCCAAGACACCCAUCGGAAAACCACAGAAGGCUCAGAUGCGGCUGUUGGCUACUCAAAAACUCUGCCUUAUAAGAUGAUCCUUGCACAUGUCUGUGAUUUGUGCCCUGUAAUUUUUCUAAUAAAGAUUGCAGUGCAAUUUUCUGACAUAUC